UGUAAGAAGUGGGUUGGUGAUACUAAUGUUAGUAUUUAAGAAGUCCUCUACAUAAGUGGAUAGCACGCUACGUAAGUCAAUAGCACUUAUUAUGGCUGCUUCUUCCAUAACUGAGAUGGAAUACGAUGAGGACCUAGGACCUAUUUCUGAAGAGUGUACAACUGCUAUUAACCAUGUAAUAUCUUACCAGAUGUUUAUCAGUGAUGUGUAUUUAUCCAUGGCUUGCUCUUAUGCUGAAGAGAAGGAAAUGCCUAAUUUUGUCAUAUUCUUUGAGGACCAGGCUGAAGUGAGGAGGUACCAAGCAAAACGGUUCCUAAGAUAUCUAAGAAAUCGUAAGAGUACUAUCUGCCUUCCGGUUAUUCAGGUGCCUUAUUUAGAUAAAUGGGAAAAUGAUGAACAAGCCCUCAAAUCUGCCCUGAAGGCAGAAAUUGAAUUAACAAAGAUUCUGGAAGACCUGCAGACUGCAGCUUCUCAGGCUGUAGAUACUCAUCUCUUAAAGUUCGUGGAGGGGUACCUGAUCAAACAGAAAAGAAACACCACUUAUCUGGAACGUGAAAUCACUUAUCAGAAGCAAUUAGAAGAGCUGAAGGAACAAGAGCUGAGGGAGCAGCAGAUGAGGGAGCAACAGAUGAGGGAGCAGCAGAUGAGGGAGCAGCAGAUGAGGGAGCAGCAGAUGAGGGAGCAGCAGAUGGGGGAGCAGCAGAUGGGGGAGCAGCAGAUGGGGGAGCAGCAGAUGGGGGAGCAGGGCCCAACAGCACAGGAGAUGGGGGGACAAGGCCCAGCAGCACAGGAGAUGGGGGGACAAGGCCCAGCAGCACAGGAGAUGGGGGAGCAGGGCCCGGAGCAGGGCCCGGAGCAGGGCCCAGAGCAGGAGAUGAGGGAGCAGGGCCCGGAGCAGGGCCCAGAGCAGGAGAUGAGGGAGCAGGGCCCGGAGCAGGAGAUGAGGGAGCAGGGCCCAGAGCAGGAGGUGAGGAGCAGGGCCUGGAACAGCAGUUAAGGGAGCAGGAUAUGAGGGAGCAGGGACCAGAGCUGGAGAUGAAGGAGCAGCAGAAAAGCAGCAGAAAAGCCUAUCUGGAAACCUUGCUGGAGCCCCUGGCAUAGGCAUGUCUAAAGACAUUUAACUUCUGAGGGCAGCAUUGGAAGUGUUCCCAAUGAAGUUGGUCCCCAAAUUGCCUAUUUAAGAGUCAAUCAUUUCCAUCUGCCCCCAAACUGUUUUCCUUUCUAUUUUCCUAAUGUUCAUUGCUGUGCAUGAAAAUAAAUCUGUUUUGCAUGACAAUUACGUGUACAGUU